AUGAACAAAAUGCGCAGAAAUGUCUUGGGAUCGGACAUGUCUGAAACGAAGGACUUGCGUAGACUUACCACGAUCAUUCCUGAUCGUCUUUACCUGGCGACCUACUCGACGCACCGCCGUCAUCCGGACACACCCGGACUGCACUUCUUCAGCACCGACUACAAUUACUGGGAUGACGACUUGGCAUCCCACGAACCUCUAAACUUGGGCUGCUUGGUACAGUACAUCCGUUAUUUGAAUGACAAAAUGUACAACCGUCGGUACGUGUCCAAAGCUAUUGUACAUUACACCGUCGACAACUCCAAAGAAUAUAACGACGCGUCGUUCCUCAUCGGUGCUUAUGCGAUUGUUGUAAAACAAAUGGACCCGUUAACUAUUCAUUCGAUACUGAAGAAUAGCAACUAUUGCGUUAACGGAGUGGAUUCGAUUUUCGGUCACGGCAAGAACGAUUAUGGAAUUGACUUACACGAAUGUUUGAAUGUCGUGUACAAAGCGAUGAAGUACAGGAUAGUAAACUUCAACGAUUUCAAUUUCCAGGAGUACGACAAUCGGUGUCUUGACAUGACAUGGAUAGUGCCCGACAAGUUUUCAGCUGCCAGUAUUAAUCAUGUUGAUUUAUGUUUCAAAGACGGUUCGGCGCCAACUGUUGCGAUUUUGAAAACGUUUCUACGAAUUUCUGAACAGACACCUUACGCCAUAGCAGUGCACUGCAGGGCCGGUUUGGGAAGAACAGGAACGUUAAUUGCGGCCUACCUGAUACAGCACUAUCGGAUGACGGCAUGCGAAGCAAUCGCUUGGGUACGGUUGUGCCGUCCGGGAUCCAUAAUCGUGAAAUCGCAACAAUCGUUUUUGGUGCACAACGAAAGAAUGUUGUGGAAAAAAGGAGAUGCACUUCGAAAAGAAAAGUAUGGUAACGCAUCCAAAUUGACGUAUUGCACUCUGGGGAUAUACAGCGCUAAUUGCCAGAAAAAAAUCGCCUACGGCCUACCUCUAAAAGUGUGCCUCUGUAGUGACGUGGUGUAAUCUAAAUGUAUACCGCAUAUAUAUGUAUAUAUAUUU